AUGAGCCAGGACGCAGCUGAACAGAAUAUACAGCUCUGGAAGAUUAAAAAGUUGAUACGGAGUCUCGAUGCUGCUAGAGGCGCCGGGACGUCCAUGAUUAGCCUCAUUAUUCCCCCCAAGGAUCAAAUUUCUCGAGUGUCCGGAAUGUUGACUCAGGAGUACGGCACCGCAUCCAACAUCAAGUCCCGAGUCAAUCGCCUUUCUGUGCUCGCCGCGAUCACAAGUACUCAGCAGCGCUUGAAACUUUACAAUCGUGUUCCCCCAAAUGGACUCGUCCUCUUUGUAGGAACCAUUCUGACCGAAGAAGGCAAAGAAAAGAAGGUCUCGUUUGAUUUCGAGCCUCACAAACCUAUUAACACCUCACUGUAUCUGUGUGAUAACAAGUUCCACACGGAAGCUCUCUCUGAACUCUUGGAGUCCGAUCAGCGUUUCGGUUUUAUCGUCAUGGAUGGAAACGGUUCCCUUUUCGGAACCCUCUCCGGAAACACGCGCGAGGUGGUCCACAAAUUCACUGUCGAUCUUCCGAAAAAACACGGACGUGGUGGACAAUCUGCUCUGCGUUUCUCUCGUCUCCGAGACGAGAAGCGCCACAAUUAUGUGCGGAAAGUGGCCGAGCUUUCAGUGCAACACUUUGUUACGAAUGAUAAAGUUAACGUUGCUGGUUUGGUGUUGGCUGGAAGUGCUGAUUUCAAAACCGAGCUGAGCUCCAGUGACUUACUCGACCAGCGUCUUGCUUCUAAGAUUGUCAAGAUUGUGGAUGUUAGCUACGGAGGCGAAAACGGCUUCAAUCAGGCCAUCGAGCUAGCCGGAGAUGCCCUCUCCAAUGUCAAAUUUGUACAAGAGAAGAAGCUCAUUCAGAAAUACUUCGACGAAAUUAGUCAGGACACGGGAAAAUACUGCUAUGGUGUGGAUGAUACCCUCAAAGGUCUUGAGCUCGGUGCCGUGGAGACUCUGAUCGUCUGGGAGAACCUAGACAUUACGCGAUAUGUCCUUCGUAACGCCGCCGGAGAGGAAGUCAUUGUUUACGCCAACAAAGAGCAAGAGAAAGAUCGAGAAAAGUUCAUCGACAAGUCCACUGGGACCGAGAUGGAGCGAGGUGCUGAACCACAAAGUUUGUUAGAAUGGUUCACAGAGAAAUACAAGGAAUUUGGUGCCGUCCUCGAAUUCGUUUCCAACAAGAGCCAAGAAGGUGCCCAGUUCGUCAAAGGUUUUGGUGGCAUUGGUGGACUCCUCCGUUACAAAGUUGACUUUGCGAAUCUUGCUGGAAACGAAGAUGACGAUGACGAAUUCUACUCUGACUCUGACGAUGGUAUGUGACAGAAGCCACGACGGCUCAUGCCGUCUCAAGCACAAUCCGGGUGGAACGAUGGGUGGAUGGUCGUGGAAGGUAGACGGGGAAGGAGUGCGGUCGAUCCAGAUGAGGGCCUGCUAGAGUGGAUCACAGUGAGUUCGAGACCAGAGCCAGUGCGAACGGGAGCAAACAUCGUCGAAGUCAGAGACGGCGAGUUUGCACGCGUUGACCAAUGGUCGGCGCGCCCGGGCCCGCCACUGGCGUGUCAAAGGAUAGACUCGCUGGGCACAGAGCAGUUUCGCUGGUACGAAAGCGCAACGUUCCUUACGCUUUCCGCUGCCACGACUGCGAGCCCGGCUUGAGACUAUCCUCUUUUCUACUUCCAAUUGUUGUUCUUCCAUUUCAGUCUGUCAAACUAAAGUGCAUUUGGGAUCAUCCUGUGGCCGAGUAGUCAUGAGUUGCAUCGUCCCGCGGA